CCACAAAAAUCUAAAUCAUUCUUCUUUUUGUUUGAAUAAACAAAUUGCCCAUAAUUUAGGAUGCUGAGGAAACUUAGGGUGCUCCUCAUGCUGGGCGGUGCCUUAGCUAUCAUCGUUCGUAAGCCUGGCUCUCCUGCGGUCACCAUCCGCCACACUGGCCUCACCAUCGCCACCGGCAGGGCCUACGCCGAGUUUUUGGGCAUCACCCAAUGUCAGUGCGAGGUGAAGUGUGUCGUAAACCCUUCUGUGUGCAAGGGCUUCUCCUACGACGCUGAUGCGACUUGCCGUCACAUCGACCACUACGAGCUGGGGACACCACGCAAUGGUUCUACUUACGUCUAUUACCUGCCAUUAGGUCUACCAGCUGGCACCAUCAAACGCGAAGAUGGCCUGUACUACCUCUACAACAACUCUCAGGCAUUCACUCUCGACCAAGCAAGGCAGACGUGUCUGGAUAAGCCAGGCUUCCGACUCGCGCAAGCCAAAACCAAACAAACUGCGGACAUAUUCAGGAACAUUCAUUGGUACGGAGACUUCUAUAUUGGCCUGACUCGCCUGAGCAAUGGAUCGCUGGUGUGGAUGGACGGCAGCCCUCUGCAGGUUGGGGUCUUGGCUGCAAAUGAACCCACGGAUUACGCUACAGGAGUCACCGCUGUCAUGGUCUACUACGGAGGGAUCUUCUCAGGCGUAUACUAUAGGCACGAGAUGCCUUCGAAGUCCCACGGUUACCUCUGCCAGGCAAACUACGACGAUAUGCCUUGGUAGACUCUGCGCAGUGGACUAACUGUGGUAGGCUCUCUGUUAGAAGUGAGGAGGUAGACUAGCAAAGAUGACCAUACUGAGUUUGCCGUGUUAGAAAGGACGUGGUAAACUCGUCGUGGUAGACUCACCAUAAUGGGCUCGACAUGUUAGGUCAUGAUCGAAUAACCAUACAUGGCUAGCCAUUUUAGACUGGCCUCUUUGAACUAGCCUCGGUAUACUGGUUUAGAUUCAACUGGUCUCCAAUAAUACCUGCGAUUAGUGAUGGUCGGGUCUGUUAUAGAGACAUAGUCAAUAAAUUUAUUUAAAAACACAACAAUUACCCCCAAAAAUUAGAAAUCUGAUUAUUAUCUCGUAAACUUACUCAAUUAUUGAAGUAAAUGACGUUCAAGAUAAUAUAAAUCAUACUAUUAUUAAAUGGAAAAUGUCCUUGUAACACGGAAACAAACCGCCAGUUCAUCUAAAAACUCAA